AUGAAGUGUAGACCAGUUGACACGAUAUUUGAGACUUCUUCAUUUAAUAAAAGUAAAAGAAAAAAACUCGAAUUUUAUGAUCAAAAGUUAAACUACUUCUUUGAAAAUGGUAUUAUAAAUUAUAGCCUUCUAGAAAUCGUAGGAGAAUGUGGAACCGGGAAAACACAACUUGCCCUUACCAUAUGUGCAGAUGAACUUUUAAAUAUUUACGAACGAAGAAAAAAAGAGAAAAAAAAAGAGAAAGAAAAAGAAAAAGAGAAAGAAAAAGAAAAAGAAAAAGAGAAAGAAAAAGAAAAAGAAAAAGAGAAAGAAAAAGAAAAAGAGAAAGAAAAAACGAAUGAACAAUAUGAUCGUGAUGAUAAAAAGAGGGAUAUUAUUUUUUACAUUUAUGUAAAUAGGACUUUUCCUAUACAUAGGCUAAUUGAAAUUGUUGAAUCCAAAAUAAAACAAAAAAAAACAAAUUGUUAUGAAUACUAUAAUAAUACAAAGGAACAUCAUAACAAAAAAUCGAACGGGAAUAAUGUGUAUUGCGAAGAGGAUGUGAUUAAUUUUGAAGACAUGACACAUGAUGAAAGAGUCCCCGUAGAUUAUUAUGAAUUGAAAGAAACUGAAUACCUAUUAAAAAAGAAUCUUGUAAAAAGUGUUUUAAAAAAUUUAUAUAUUUAUAAAAUAAAUGAUGAGAAAGAUUUUUUUUGUUUAUUUGAAAAAGAUAUCUUUUAUAUUUUAAAAUAUUACAACAUUUCUAUUUUAGUCAUUGAUUCACUUAAUUUUAUAUUUCGUGCUAUGGAAGAGCAAUUCGAUAGUAAUAAAAAGAAACAAUUUUUCAUUAAGAUAUCCUUACUUUUGAAAAAAAUAGCCUAUGAACAUAAUUUCUUUGUAUUCUUAAUUAAUAGUACUAACAAUAAAAAGGAUUAUCUUGAUUUCUCUUAUGACACAACUAAUAGUAUGAUAAAUUCUUCUUGUUCAAACACGGUCAUAUAUCUUAAAAAGAUAAAAACAUAUAAUUCUAUUAGAAGAACCAUGAGUAUAAAAUAUUCAGAAUUUCUGGUUAAAUAUAAGUUGAUGAAUUUUCAAAUAACGCAAGAGGGCUUUCACAUCAGUGGAGAGAUAAACAAAUAA